AUCGAGGAGACGCCAGCGGCAGGCCCCGCCUUUUCUAAUGGCGGAAUGCCACGAAGUUGAGUAAGAGCCACAAAAGGCCCUGCCAUCUACCUGGCUCACCUAUUUUCAUCAGCUCCUUAGCAAAUUGCCCUUUUCUGUCCCGCUGCUGCUGCUGCCAUGGCCUCCGGGACCAAGUCUCUGCUAGGGCACGUCUGCGUGGUGACCGGCGCUUCGCGGGGCAUCGGGAAAGGCAUCGCGCUGCAGCUAUCGGAGGCGGGCGCCACUGUCUAUAUCACCGCCCGGCACCGGGAAACACUGGAGCGAGCGGCGGCGGAGGUGCAAGGCCGGGGGGGCAAGUGCGUGCCGGUGGUAUGCGACUCUACCCGAGAGGAGGAAGUGGCGGCGCUGUUCGAGCGGGUCCGGCGGGAGCAUGCUGGCCGCCUGGAUGUCUUGGUCAACAGCGCUUUCUCCGCGGUGACCACCCUCUCCAAAGAGAUCGGCGUGCCGUUCUGGGAAAGCGAGGCCUCCCUCUGGGACCAGAUCAACAACGCAGGCCUGAGAGGCAACUAUUUCUGCACGGUUUAUGCCGCUCGUCUCAUGGUGCCCGCCGGGCGCGGGCUCAUUGUCAUCGUCUCCUCGCCCGGUGGGCUGCGGUACAUGUUCGACGUCCCGUACGGGGUGGGCAAAGCUGCCUGCGACCGCCUGGCGGCUGACUGUGGCGUCGAAUUGCGCCCCUUCGGCGUGGCCUGCGUGUCCCUUUGGCCCGGGCUCGUUCGCACCGAACUGCUCCUGCAGCAAGCGGAAAAUGUCGAGAAAAUAUUCACGGACCUGCCGGAGCGGCUGACCAAAGCAGAGAGUCCCGAAGUGAGCGGGAAAUGCGUGGUGGCCUUGGCCUCGGAUCCCCAGGUCAUGCGGCACAGCGGCAAGGUGGUCCUCAGCCCAGACCUUGCCCGUCUCUACGGGUUUAAGGACGUGGAUGGGCGAGAAGUCUAUAAUUAUAUUUCGGUUCGGGACACCCUUACCGAAUUAAUGCCUAAACUGUCUUUCCUUUUCUGGUUCAUUCCCCGCUUUAUCACUUUCCCUAAGUGGGCCCUUGCUCUUUAUUCCAGCAAGUUUGCGAUCUACCCUCCCAUUCAGCCGGCCGAUUUUAAACCAGCUAAAAAGGACUAAUCGUCUGGUGUACCCCUUAGGAGCAUGUUUUGCAACUAUGUCAAGCUUUCUUUUGUGAAAAAAAUAUUGCUUUGGUUGGUUGGUUUGUUUCAUCUCUUGAAAAUUGGGAAGAUUGAGUUCUUGCAGGGAGUUUACCCCUCUACAAACUCUUUUGAGGAAUUGCUUCAGGAUUUCCCUCUGAAAAAAAAAGCUUUAUGACACCAUUUCUUACUCUUUACUAUGCUACAAUCUGCUUUUGUGUUUUUGACACAGCAUUAGCUGCUAAGUUACUUAAUAUUUCUGUAUUAUCUAAAAUGCAAGCUUUGAGGUUUAUCAAAGAAUCAUUCACAUAUUUGAAAGUGAUGGAGCUACUUACAACUAAGAAUACCAUAGUUGAGAAACACUGCCAUAGUUGAAAGAAGUCAAGACAUCUGGAAAAAGUGCCUUUUUGUUUUGCUUUCACCUACGGUGAGGCCAUUUAUAUAUUCUGCCACAGUCUUUUAUAUUUUCUCUCCAUAAAAACAAUUGUCAAUUUGGCAUGUAUGUGAUAUUCUGAAGAUAACUUAAAACAAAAAUCUAAACUUUGAAAGAAAAGGGUUCCUUUCUUCCAUUCAGUUUUAUUGAGGAAGAAAUCUUUUUAUCUUUAUUUUUUUCCAGCCUUCAAGAGAUUCCAGAAUUCUGUUCAUUCCAAAGUCAAAGAUUAGCAGAAUUAGUCCUGAUGAAAGAAAACCCUACAGAGACAGUAGUAUAUUAAGCUAUACAGGACACCCAAAUCAGCAAAUGUAAUCAAAGCCAUAUCAGAGUGGACAUAGAACAAGCUAUAAAACAUGACAGCGCUCCAGAAAGAAAAUUUGCUAAAAACCAUUAUGAAACAGAUAAGGGGGUGUAAAACAAAGUCCUGAAUAAGGAGCACAGGCUGGGUGUGUCUGUGUGUCUGUAAGAAACACCUCACCUUUGUUCAGUUUGCUGUCUGUAUAAUUCUCAAAGAAGCAAGUUCUUCAUGUAGUGAAAGACAGAAUUGUUAUUUUCAUAAGACAACCAUUGUUUGUUCCUAAAAGGUUUGAGGAAGCUGAUAUAAUUCUUCUCAUAAAGUGCUUGCUUGCUUAUUAUGUAUUGUAUUCUGUGGCCACAAAUCAAUAAAACUGAAAAAAAAAACACUA